AUGCACCCGUCCCGGAGCGGCAAGCCGGGGGGCGUGUACCCCGGUCCAGUGGGGCUCACCCGCUUCGGCUCCGCCCCAAGCUCCCUCCUCGCGACCCUGGUCGAUUCCGUCGGCGCCGCCAGCGGAAGAGGGACCAGCGGCGGCGCCAGCGAUAACGAGUUCUCGCCGGCGCCCACGGAAAACAUGGUGGGGAGGUACUUCUCCGACGACUCGCCGUGUCUGACGUCGGAGUCGAGCUGCAAGGCCGGCGCCGCCGCUUCGCCGGAUCUCGACCCCGCCGGCGUCUACAACAAACGCAAGGCCCCCGGGCUGGGCCUGGAGCGCUCCUACGGCUUCAGCGACAUCGCCUUGGGGGAUCUCGCCAUGGGGGUCGGCGGCGGCAGCCUCCGCUCCGGGCCCUCCCACUUGAUCAGGCACAGCAGCUCCCCUGCGCGCUUUCUCUCCCAUCUAAUGGUCGAUAAUGGUCUGCCCCUCUCUCUAUCUCUCCCCCUCUUUGUAACGAAUCUCCGGUUAGAUGGAUGCCUGUGAUGCUGCUUCCUCUGCUUCUCCUUCUGCGAGCGAGCCUUUAGGGUUUUGCCUUCUUCUUCCUGUUCUUCCUGAGCCCACCCCGUUGGUGAUGAUAGCAGGUUUCUCUGCCGGGAGAGGCGGGAGCUACUCCCAUGGAGGAGCAGAUGCGGCGGGCGGCCGGAGGCUGAAGUCGCAGCUGAGCUUCUCGUCCCGGCAGGACUCCUUCUCUCAGAUCUCCGAGCUCAGCAUGCCGGACGUAGGGGAGACAAACAGCUCCGACGAGGCCACCGCCGGGACCGUCAGCCAGUCCUUCAUCUCCUCCGGCCUCCCCAUCGGGGCCUGGGACGAGAGCAACUCCAUAGUUUUCUCCGGCAAAGGCGCCGAGGAAAGUAAUGGGGACAUCAUCGCCACCCUGGGAAGCUUAGACUCCAAUCAGGUGAUCAAUCCUCUUCCACUUCAGUAGAUCAAUUCAGGAACCAUUCUGCCGGAAAACUUGGCUUAAUCAAUCGAAAUCAAUCGUUCUUGCGGAAGAGGCGAGUCUGCUGAUUCGCACCUGAUUGGCGAUGAAUAAAAAUGGCCAUUUAUGCGGGACAUAAUCACGAUCGUCUCUCAUCUUCUGGGUUUGACUGGGUUUGACUUCAUCAUUGAUCCUGUGAUCAGGAAAAGUCAGCGGGCACUAUGCAUCCAUCUGACCCGUCAAAUAUUUUGUUCCCACGGCGUCAAAGAUUGUUCACACAACCAGUUCUAGUGCGGUUUGUGUGCGAUUCGACUAUCUCACCUCUCUCCCCUCUGACUUUGUUUCUUCCAGUUCGGCUUGCCGAAGGGGUCGUUCGAAAUGGAAAAGCUCUUCCGAAUACACCAAGAUUCCGUCACCUGCAAGAUCCGGGCCAAGCGGGGAUGCGCGACACACCCGCGAAGCAUAGCUGAGAGGGUCAGUGAUGUUAGCAAGUGAUCAGCUUACUCAUAUAUAACCUGCACAUGCCAUAAAAGGGAAUUUUUCUUCAUUUUAGCAUGAAAAUAUGAACGAAAAAUGCCUGCUUUGGAAACUUUUUCAUUCUUUUAUACGGUCUUGUGCAAUCUUCACAUCUUGAAAUGCACCAGUGUACCUGGGCUAUUUUCUCACUCAUGCUUUUAGUUUCUUAAAGGAGAGGAGAACUAAAAUAAGCGAGAAACUGAGGAAGCUUGAAGAUCUUGUGCCAAACGUGGACAAGGUAUACAAGACAACAUAAGAUCUGUUCUAAUUCCACGUUUGAUUAGCUUUCAUGAAUAAAUGUAUUACAUAAUCCUCACAUUUUAAUUGAAUUACUGAAACUUUUUGAAAAAAAAAUUCGAGCUCUUUUAAUAAAAUAAGUUUCUGCAGCAAACAAAUACAGCAGACAUGCUAGACUUAGCUGUGCAGUACAUCAAGACGCUCCAGGGCCAGCUACAGGUGCGUAUUGAGUUAGAUUACACAGUGAAUGUCAGACCUUUGAGGGAUCAUUUUCACUAUGCUUGUUCCAGCAAACAAAACCCAGUUCUUUGUUUCUCAAGUACAUAGAAUUGCGCUGCCUCUUGGGUAUCCACCUGAUAAUGUCACUGGUGUAGGAAACACUAAGAAACCCUGUCCACUAUCAAUCAAUGAAGAGUGAAUCAUUGCCCUCAGAAAUAUAUAUUUCCCCUCUACAGCAAUGCCUUCUGUAUUCCAAAGUUACUUUUGAUCUAACAGAAGGUGACCAGGGCUUUAAUAGGUCAAGACCUGACCAUGCUUCCAAAGUUUCUUCAAGUACAGUUUUGUUUCCCUUUGGAUUCCUUUUUCACAAGGUCUCUGAUGAAGAUCCUCUUGGGCAGAAAUUGAAAAAAGAACACCAACACUGCACGUGUGAACUCAAGAACACAACAUAA